GCAAGAAGCGACUUCAGAAACGAUGGUGGUGCGCCCGCCCGCCCACACAACAUACGAAGGAGAGCGGAUGUGACGUAGCGGCAGGGGGAGGGGAAGCGUUGCCUGGCUCCUCAGCUUCUUCUUCACAGCCAUGGCGUAUUCAACGUUCCGGAAGGUGGCCCUGGCCUCCUGCUUGGUGUUGUGCGUCUCGCUGCUGCUCCCCAAGGUCUUCCUCCCGCGGGCAUGGAGGCCGCAGGAGCCCCUCGCCUCCCCCACCGGGCCUCCCUCGCCUUCCGCCGCCGCGCCCGAGGGAAAGACCAGCUGGUUUCCUCCAACCAUGAAUCCACAGAUAUCUCCAGAGGUCAGACCAACUGCUACCCAUUUUCCAAGGUCUCAUCUUACAGAAGCCAUUGCCAAGGCGAAGGGUGGAGGUGGAGGAGGCGGUGGAGGUAGUGGUGGUGGAGGAGGAGGUGGUGGUGGAGGAGGAGGCAGUGGAAGAGGUCUUGUGGGACAAGUCAUCCCGAUAUACGGAUUUGGGAUCCUUUUGUACAUUUUGUACAUUCUUUUUAAGCUUUCUUCUAAGGGGAAAACUGUGGUGAUUGAACGGAAGUGUCCACCUUCAGCAUCGGGAAACAUGAAUAGGAAGAUCACUGACUAUGAGCUUGCCCAACUUCAAGAGAAGCUGAGGGAGACUGAAGAAGCCAUGGAAACAUUAAUCAACAGGGUGGGACCCAACUAUGAAAGGGCCCAAAAUGGUAGCACUAAUCAAGAGAAAAGGCUACUCCAGCAACUCCGUGAAAUUACCAAGGUCAUGAAAGAAGGCAAACUCAUUGAUGGAAUCUCCCCAGAACAAGAAGCUGAAGAAGCUCCAUAUAUGCAAGACUGGGAAGGUUAUCCAGAAGAGACCUAUCCUGUCUAUGAUAAUUCUGAUUAUAUGAAGCGCAGACAGGACACUAUUCUUGUGGAUUGCCCUGACCUGAGCCAGCCUUCUGCUGAAGAGAUAGCGGAGCAAAUGGAAUUUGUGGACGAUGAGGAUUAUUUGUGUAGUGAAACCCUUUUGUCUGCUCUCGAUGUAGUGAAUGAUGGCCCUGAAACUGGACAUGAGAAGGAUCGGCACUCCACUUUCAGUGACCAGAGUGAGACUGACCGCAACUUUGAGAAGUGCUAUUGUUGUCAGUAUGAAGAGGACGACCCUGCUGUGAUAGCUGAGAAUGCAGGGUUCUUCUCGGAUAGCUGUAGUGAAACUGAAGAGCCAACCAGAGGGGAGUCAUCGUUGGUGGAUUCUGACCAAGAAAACACACUGCCCAAAGAUCAAAGUGAUGGAGAUGCUGAUGAUGUUCUCAUUCUGAGGAAGCGAAACACAAAAGGGAUGGAACUGCUGGGACAAUGAGGAAAUGCCCUCUUGUAUAAUUCCUACAGACUGCGAUCUUUGCUUCUAGAACAAAGGUGUACCUCUUCUGCCAUGUACCUCGCUGAAAUCCCAUAGCAAUGGCUGCUUAUUUCAUUGGGGGGUUAGUGGUUCUUCCAACCAAUUGAACCCAGCAAGAAUAGUCCAACUGCUUGCUUUAGCUGGCCAAAGAACCUGAAAACAAGCCAAUUUCCCCAUAGAUUCCAUGUGCAUGUUCUCUCACAGCUUUGUGUCUCCUGGCCUGAAGCUUGGCUUCACCACAUCCUGUAGAACUGUAUGAAGUACAAAAAGGCAUCCAGUAGAGCUUUCCCCUGCUGCAUACAAAAUCUAAUAUCUUUUACUUGUGGCUUAUUUGCUGUGGGCACCUUUAGAUUUAUCAUCAGGUAGGCUGAGGCAGUUCAUUUUCGAUGCCAUCGCAGGAAAGCCUUAAAUACUUUUUUUCUUUUUGAUCAUUUUAGAAGAUACUGUUUGCCAUUAGAAGAUUAUUUGUCUUUUGGCAAGAGAUAUGAGCCAUUUUAUUAUGAGAAAGUGAAAAGGAUGUUUUAAUGCCAUCCUUUUCAAGCAAAUGCUAGCUGUAUAUCUUAGCUGGGGGACAGGGAGCUACUGUGUAUUAGCUGAGUGACUCAUUCCAUCUCUCCUCGUAAUUAACAAAAAGCAAAGACUUGUUCUCUCCUCAGUCACUAAUGAUGUUAAAGGGGAAUGAGUAAUCAAUUUCACCUCACCUGUGGCUCAGCAUUUGCAACCCUCUUCUCAGCUUCUUUCACAUGAUUACUUAAUUUUUGUGGUCAAGUUUCAAAGUACACUUCUGUGAAUGUGCUUGGAUUAUAACCAAGGAGAAGAAAAAUGAUUAUGGGGGCAAGGGCAAACAGUCCACAAUAGCCAGUAUGUUUAAAAGAUACUGCAAGGAACCAGUGAUUUGUGGAGGAUAUUUAUUUAUUUAUUGUUUUAUUUAUUUAUUUAACAUUGCAUUGCAAUGUCCAGCCAGCAUGGUCUAAGGGAUUUUGAAAGUUGCAGUGCAAUGAAAUAACUUCCAAGCUCUUGGAAAACAAGGCCUUGGCCGUUUCAAUAAUAUAGGAAAACCUAAGAUAUAAAGAGACUUCCCAGAGUCAAGGGAUACAACAAAGCAAAAUAAUUUAAUACCCCUUUGAGCCCCAAGCUCUAUUUUUCUCAUUUAAUAUUUAUUUUCUAUUGUUUUUCAAAAUGCAGCCACAGAUGCUGUUAUCUUGAGGAGAACACCAGUAGGGGGAAUUAUGAACUUAUUUCUUUAAAAUAUUCCCUCCAUGUUUAUGAAAUAACUAUAUUUUUCUAAAUUAUAUUAAUUUAUGAGAGCACAUUUUGCAUAUGAGACUUUAAUUUGAAAAGGAAUGCAGAAGAUCAUUUCUCUUAUGACUGUUUGUUACACCACAAUCUUAGGUAUUACUCAGAAGUAAACCUUAAUGUGUGGAAUGGGGUUUGCUCCCAAAGAAGAAUGGAUGUGAUUGUAGCCAGUCUCAAUGAAUUUAAUGAGAAUUAUUGCUGCAUUUUAUACUUCUUCUGAGUAGACAUGCAUAGGAUAGCACUGUUGGUGGAUAUAUCAUUCUAUGUAGCAUUUGUCCAAGGAUUUGCUAGGAAUCUUGGAUGUUGAGGGAGUGAGUUUGUAUGUACAGUAGAGUCUCACUUAUCCAACAUAAACGGGCCGGCAGAACGUUGGAUAAGCGAAUAUGUUGGAUAAUAAGGAGAAAUUAAGAAGAAGCCUAUGAAACAUCAAAUUAGGUUAUGAUUUUACAAAUUAAGCACCAAAACAUCAUGUUAUAUAACAAAUAUGGCAGAAAAAGUAGUUCAAUACACAGCAAUGUUAUGUUGUAAUUACUGUAUUUACAAAAUUAGCACCAAAAUAUCAUGUUAUAUUGAAAACAUUGACUACAAAAAUGCGUUGGAUAAUCCAGAACAUUGGAUAAGCGAGUGUUGGAUAAGUGAGACUCUACUGUAUGUGUUUCAUUCAUAAUUUAGAAGUAGUUCUACCAUAUGUAAGUUCACCUUAUGUACGAGAUAUGGAAAACCAUAUCCAAAACAUUUCUGGUCCCAAGCACUUCUGAUUAAGGAUACUCAACCUGUAUUAUUGAUGCUUGAAUCAUAGGCUAUUUGCAUACAAACAAGUGAGUACCAUUAAACAUUACAAUAUGGAAUAAAUAACAUCUAUGUUUACAAUACUUUUUUUUUCAAAAUUACAGGAUUAAAACACUUGAAUAUAAAUAAAAAUACUAAGACUAUAUAAGAACAUCCCUAAGUAAUCAACUACAACUUCCCUCAAAUUUUGUCUGAAUUUUCAUUAUUGCCAGGGCAAUAGGAGUUAGUGUCAGACAUAAGAAACAAAAUCUUUUCUGGAACAAUAUUUUUAUUAUUCCAUCUAUGAACUUGGGACCAUAACUAAUUUACAUCAUACACUAAAACAAAAACAACUAAAAACUAAUGAUAAAAAAGUUUUAAAACUCCAUGCUAUCCUAUUAAAACAUCACUAUUAAAAACAGCAGACAUUUUGAGCCAAUUCCAAAGAAUCAUUUGCCCUGUUCUGUUGUGAAAUUUGCUUCAGUGUCAGAGUAGGUAAGCAUCUAACUUGUCAGUGCUUUUCCUCACAUGGAGGUCCAUGUGGAGUAUUUCUGCUCCUGUCUUUUUUGUGUGGAAUAAAAGGUUACAUUAAAUCCCUGAAGAUACCUGCAGUGUAUGUGUAUUAAUGGGACCUCAUGGCUUCUGCUGCCAUAAGUUUCCAUUAAUCAAAGAUGGGGUUGGCAUAUCAUGUUUGGCUAGCAAAUACUUUGAUCUGCUUUUGAACUGGAAAUAAAGGACAUCCAUCAUUCCAGAUGCUCAAGAGUUUCAGGAAAGCCUAUCUUUGUGCAGUUGUUCAUCACAGUUCAUCACCAUUUUGUGGUUUAGAGAAACCUACGUUGAAAAGAAUCCAUUACACUAAUGGCAAAUGGUAGAAGAAAUGCUGUGAACAUAUUUCUCAUUUUGACUAAAUAGUUAUGUUUACCGUAUUUACCUGAGAAAAGUGCAGGGCAGCAUUCCAGUAUUUUUCUUUGUACCUUGUGUGAUGUUUAUAACAUUGGAGGAGGGGACAGUGAGUUUCCCCUGACUUGUUUUUCAAAUGGCUCAAGUAAAAUACCAGCUGCACUUCUGUUGGUUAGUUCAAAAUGGCAUAGACCCAUUUAAUUAAUAAUUGUGGAUCAAUACAUCAGUAAAUCCAAUUGAUGUAAUGGUACUACUUCAGCUGGGACUAACAUUAAGAUUUUGAUCACCAUUUCUGUGUGUAUGUAUGUAUGUAUGUAUGUAUGUAUUGCAUUUGCACGUUGCCUUUCUCCCAGAGUGGGACUCAGGGCAGCUUCCAAAACAAUUAAAAUAUUCACAGUAAA